UAUAAAGACCACCGGUUUUCUGUGCUUUACCUUGUAGUUGGGAACGGUUUUUCUGGUUUACAGUACUUUCUGCACCACUAUCACCAUGCACGCUUUAUCGGUUAUCGUUGCCCUUUUCGGCCUGUCCUUCGCUGCUGCCUUCCCCUUCUUCGGUGGUGGCGGCAGUUCCAAGCCGGCUCAAGUUGGCGCUUGCCAAUGGAAGCCAAAAGACAUCGGUAUCAUUGGUCAGGCUGUGAACGGCGUGGGUAGCCUUGUUGGUGGUGCGAUCGGCUCUGUCUGGGGUUUUGUGGCACCGACCUCGGCCAACCAGGGCGCCAUUGCCGCUGCCAGCGGAGAUGAGAGCCAGGAUCAGAGCAACCCCAAUAACCCAGCCAGUGGUAUCUCCAACUUGGGCGGCCGUGGUAUCGGUGGCCUCUGGGGCGCUGUGGUGCCCAAUUCCGUCCGCUGUGGAAGUAUCGCCGGCGCUAAGGCCACAGGAAACGUCGGUACCUCGAAAAAGGACCCCGCUUGCGAUAACUAUCACUGGGUGGACGACAACGGAGCCGCAUGCACUCCAAGCAAAUCUGACCAGGAAACCAGCGGUGCUGGCGGAGUGACUACCAGCGGUGGCCAGCAGCUCUUGACGCCAACCAUCACCCAGACCGGUAGCUCCUUCUCCAUCACCGGCACCCUCAUCAUCACCUAUAGCUCGGACAGCCAGCGUGAUGCUGCUCUGCAGAAACUGCUGCAGAUCUGGACCAGUGUUCUCAAAAGCUACAAAAUCCAGAAGGCCACCAUCAAGGUGAAGACUGUCCACCGAACGGACUUCAGUGAGCCAGCCUCCGUAUCAUACACCGUAACCGGUACGGUUACCGGCAAGAUCAACGUCGAUUCGGCACAACAGGCUUUCUUGACCCAAGCCAAAUCUCAGAAAUUUUAAACUAUGUUACUGCAGUUUUGAUGCUGGUACCUGACUGUUUGAAGAAAAAAACAUAAUCUGUAAAUCAGUUUAUGAUUGCUAAUCAAAAUUUGAAUGCCGGUGGUGGGCGCUGGCUUGAGAAAGACAAUAUUUGAUUUGUCGUCUCGUGUUACGAAAUCGGAAAUAAAGAAAUUGUGCGCAUUGUAA